GUCUCCAGCCGGACAAGUCGGUCGGGUGUGUCAUGCCGAUAUAAAAAUUGACUUGUUAUCCUUUUUCCAAUAAAUAUGUUAAGUGCACUGGACACACGAAAAAAAAAUUGUUACCGUUGUGUCGUCGAUGACUUAAUGUCGUUGCAAAGUGUUCGAUGAAAUUUUUAUACGUUUCCAUAAAAUUUGAAUUGCAUGUCAAUGUGCGACACACACAUACGAAAAAGAAAACUAUUUUCGCAAGAAGAAAAACCUCAGUUUGUUCUAAUGAUUCGUAUACAUAGACACAAACAUACACACACACUACACAGUUUGAUAAGAAAAGCACAGAGUGAGAGAAAAAUUUCGGUGUAAGUUAAUAAACGGCACAUUAGAAAAUUACUUCGGAAUAUUUUCCGUGAAUGGUGAUGUGGUAGGGUUGUUUACAAAAUAAAAAAAAAAGAAGAACAAGAAAAACGAAAAACGAGUGAGUGGUUUUUCCUAUGCGAAAAUUGCGUGGAAAUUCCAUUUGUUGUGUAUAUUGUUAUGAUGAUGAUGUGCCGAAUAAAAAAGAAGAAAAAGUAAAAAUAAUCAAUGGCCAAAGGAUUAACCUGAAUAAAUGAAACACGUUGAACAAUGAAUUUUGGUUGAUCAACACCUGAACUGACUACGCAGACACUUUGAAUUCGGAAAAAUAAAUAAAAUUCGUUAGAACUAAAUGCUUGCGAAUAAACGCAAUGGAUUGUUGUGGUAACUACCCAGACUACAGACAUUCAGCUGGUGGUGGGGUGUUAUCACCCUAUCAUCCAUACAAUCAACAAAGUGCAAUGAGAUAUCCACAAGCCGCAAUAUUUCACAACGGAGGUGUACGACCGCCAAAUAUCUACGACAGUUACGACCGUUUCGGCUAUCAGCCGUCGUCGUACAACCCAAAUUACAAUGGCAGUAUGUUUGCGUACAACCAAACGAAUGCUCGUGAUAAUAGUUUUUAUGGCCAUCACCAUCCGUAUGAUAGUUUUCGUAUAGCACCUGCAUAUCCAUAUCACCAUCAUCAUCACAACAGUCGCGAACACUACAAUCCCGAUGUUAUGUAUGGCAGUUCUCGCAGCGGAUACGUUAUGCGAGAUACGCUACCAUCAACAUAUCCAUAUUUGGCGACAAGAAAUGUCGGAGAAUAUCCAUACCAUCAUCAUAGCGGUGGUGUGCCAAGAGAAUUCUACCAAACAUCUCAUCACAAUUUGCCAAACAAUGUCGAUACAGCGGGUGCACAUCAUGCGACUGAAUCAAUAUACGGAGAGUAUCCAGCUAUGUCAGCCAGCCAAUUCGCAAAUGGGUCGAAUGGUUUCACAUCAAAUUCGAAUGCAACAGCAUUUUCACCGGUCACUGCAAAGGACUCCAAGCCAAGGAAGCAUCAACGAGAUAAGAAUCUGUCAAAGCUUGCAGCUAUGAGCAGACGUCUGGAGUCUUCAUCUAACAUGAUUAACGAAAUCGAUCGCAUUGGUGGCAUUGGUACAACGCCAUUCAUACCGAAUCUUUAUCAAAAUCAUCUUCCCGAGCACAAUCCGAACAAUUUUAAUCCAACAAAUUCAUCACGCUUCCACGACGAAUCUUCGCCUUCCAAUACCAUUCCAAAUUGGCAUUCCACUGAACAACCAAAUCCAACGUACAAUUGGAUGAAUGGGCCGUACGGUUCGAGACCUCAUCAUCGCAAGAGGCAUUUGACGCCCGAACCGCAGGUAUCACCAAUGCUUCCAUCGAUUCGCCCGCCCAGCCAGCCCAGCACCACAAAGGAUUAUCAGAAAAUUGCGAGUGGCGUCCUUGAAUCCGACUUCAUACCGAGUAAGAAACGUCGAAAGAACAAAACGGACAAUGAAGACUCGCUCAGCAGUCGAGAAGAGUUACAGAACAUUACUCCACUGCCUGGUUUCCAGCAAGCUUUCGGUUCGACCGAAAUCGGCCGAUUUUCGGAAGUAUUCUUCAACGCACCGGAAAGUCCGUUCGAAUUGGUGUUCGAAUCGGAAGCGGACACAUUGAGUCCACAAGCAUGGGAAACCGGCGACUCGUUGGAGGGGCCGCAUAUUAAUUUGCAAAUUGGUGCUACCGUUCAGCCGAUUUAUGCUGAAAGUUAUGCGUCAACGGAUUCGCCGGCGAGUAGUAGUUAUUUUAGUGAAAUUCGAUGCAAUGAUUUCUAAUUGUUGUCAUCAACAAAAACGGUUUAGCGAAAAAACAGAAAAAUGGUAGCCAAUUUGUGUAACAUUAAGUGUUCGUUAUGAAAAUGAAAAUUUUCUUUAUCGUUUUUAUCGUCGAAGACAAAACUCACAGUGUCAAUGUGUCGCGUGGGUCGUAUCCGAUGCACACACAAUGCACGUAUUCGAAUGAACGUUUAUUGAUUUGUUGAUCGGGGCUUUAUUAAAGGAAAACAAAAACCAAAAAAAAUUUUGCAAGUUGAAAUGGAAAAAACUUUAAUUGUUGUUGUGCCUUUUCGGGAUUUAUAAAUUUUUUGAAAAUUACUUAGCAUUUCGGCAUUUACAAAAUUUUACAGAAUUUCUUCGUUAAGAUUCAUAGAAUUCGUUAAAAGAUAUUUAACCGAACAAAAAAAUAAUAAUUUCAUUCGAUACCCCGUUACCGUGAGCGUUCGUUAUCUAUAACUGCAUUCAAAUAGAAAAAGUCAGAGAGUUCUUGUCCAAUGUUAUUUUAUACCGUUGUGAGAGCUCGUACAGUAAAUCAUCGUUAAGUU